CAUAAAUAAAAAAAAAACUAACAAAAUAGAUGAAACAAAUAUGGAGUAGUUAAUGUCAUUUCAAUGAAAAUGAAAAAUAAAUAAAAAUGAUUUGGAGUGUAAAGCAUGUGAUUUUGUGUACAGCCGUCCUUUUAUUUAGUUUAGAAACAUGUAAAAGCGAACUCCAGCUGCCUUCCCUAAUGCUUUACAGCCCUGGAGAGCUGGAGUAUACUGAUGUGUUGGUGCGCAGAGUGAAUGACAACCUUACACUCGUCUGUGAGUUGAAGGGUGCGUCCGUCCCAAGAAUAUUUGUAUGGAACUAUGUCAGCAAUGGCUCUGAUAUUGUCAGGCCCUUUUUGGUGGAGCCAAGUGGGCCAACUCCCACCAGCCGGCUCCAGAGACAGAAUCUCCAGCUCACCGACAGUGGACACUAUAUGUGCUCUUCACCACCCUUCAGUAUCACCAAGUACAUACUUGUACAGCCAGCGAACAACAACUGCGCUCGCGGGGCGUUCUCGUGUUCGCGGCGCUGUGUUCUGGCGGGAUACGUGUGCGACGGGUUCGCGGACUGUCUGGAGGGCGAAGACGAGUCCUCCGCAUUCUGUCCUGAAGCGCCGUGCCAACGUAAUGACCGGCUGAACUGCUCAUCGGGCCGCUGUAUCGCGGAGGCGUCGUGCUGCCGACAGACUGACGUUCAGGUUCUGUGCCGGCAGCCCUCCUGCUGUGAGGAGCAUCCUCGCUACUCCAGGUUUGAAGCCGGCGAUGUGGAAGUGGAAUUCCCACCGCUUACAGACCGUCACUCCCCCGAUGACUACGGCUUCAUACAGUCCACGAUAUACACAGUCACUGCGUGCGCGCUUAUCUUCAUGAUCGCCGUGGUGCUCCUGGUGUCGGCUCUGUGCAAGAUGCACAUGAAGCGCGCGGCCCUUCGCGGGUACACGCACGCGCAUGCGCACACCGCCCGCCACUACUCCGCUCGCUACCCGCCUAGGUACGAGGCGACUCGGCUGUUGGACCAGCCAUCGCUAAGCCCCACCAGGCAAACUGUGCAGUGUGAGACAGAGACUGCAGCGGAGUCUCCGGCUGACAGCAGCUCCCUCUCUCGACUCUCGUCCAUGUUCUGUGGCAGAUACUCUCAGGUGCCGACACAAUGCGACGUCGAAAUGACCGACGUCACCUCCGCAUCACUGAAUAACUCCCCAACACGUAACCGUCCGCUGGACGAAUACCGGUCACCAAUACCCAACGACCUGUACUACACAAACCCAGACUUGUCUAACCUGGGUCGAGACCUUAACUAUAUGGCCACUCCAAUCGAGUUCUUCAGGCGAAGGACCCUGAGACGAAAUACCAUCGACCGCGUCAUAGACCAUCUGACUCAGGCACCACGACCUUUGACUCUACAAGUUGGCAGGUUCCAACUCAGCAUACCCAGGCUGCGACGCGACCGACGUCCAGACACCCCAAACAUUGCUGAAAUCAAUAUAGAGAACCUGGACUUCGUAAGGCUGAAUUCUAACGAUACAUACACCCUAAAUGGUAGGACUAUUCGCCUUUUGGGGGCGGACUUCGAGAAUUAUCCCAGCAUGGAUGGAAAUAGACCUCCACCGUACAAUGAGGCAAUGAGAUACAAAAUGUAUGGCCCUCCGCCGGAGUAUCUUAGCCGCGAGGGAAUCAAUAGGGAGACAGAAGCAGCCAGUAACGUGGAAAUGCCUCCAUGCUAUGACGAUCUGAAUGGGAAUACCAGCAACGCGAGAACCAGUGAUUCACUUAAUACCUAUUCGAGUAACGCACAAUCCAGUAAUAUGGGGAAUGACAACAACGCAAAUAUCAAUUUAAGGAAUGAGAGCAACGGAAAUAUCAAUGUAAGAAAUGAGAGCAACGGAAAUAUCAAUGUAAGAAAUGAGAGCAACGCAAAUGUCAAUGUAAGGAAUGAGAGCAACGCAAAUGUCAAUUUAAGGAAUGACAGCAACAUAUCGAAUAACAAUGUUGCCAAUAGCUCCGUGAGUGGCAGUGACUUAUGUAGUAACGGCAAUAUAAAUAAUAAUGUAACGUUAAGCUUAGGGAAUGACGGCAACGGCAAUGGGCAACAUGAUAGUAUAGUGAAUAGUGAUACUUUGAACAGUUUAAACAAUAACGGCACGGUUAUCGAGAGUAUAAGCUCGGUAAUAGAUAAUCUUCCCGCUAUUGAUAGCGAUUGCAGCGUUGAACGUUGUGGUUGAAUAGUUUAGUGAUUAGAUAUAAACUAAGGCAUUGUCCACAUGGAUUCCUGGAGAAGACUCAGUUGGAUACUUGUCUACAUGGAUUUCCUUAGGGAUUUAUUUGAAUUUGUUUGCCAUAUGGAUCCCUUUCAGAUUAUCACUAUCAAACCCCCUGUUUUCCAGAUCUAAUGGAUUCUGCAAGGGGUUUCAUUCGUAUUUUAAGUGACGUGGUUGCCUGACGUAUUGUUUUCUUCUGGAAGAUUGAAUAAUUUUCAAAAGAAACCCUCUAGUUUUCAAAGGUAGAUCUAAUCGCACAGAGCCUAUGUGUAUAUUUUCUAAAGAGUAAGAGUUUUAAUGAUUGCAGUGUUAAUGAAUCAUUAUUUUUAUAGGUUAUAACACAAAAUUUUACUACUUUAAGAAUUAUUAAUAUCGAAUUUUGAUGUUUACUCUUUUCAAGCUAUGUUAGCCUCAAAAAUAUCUCCUUUGCUUGAUUUUGCUUGUCUUUAGCUUAUUUACACAAACAUUCACAAAAUUUGAGGUCUUUUAUAAUAUUCCAUCAAUUUUUUUUUAUUCCACCAAAAUCUUGAUACUUUAAACACUCAUUAAUUUAGUAUUAGAUUCGUAGAAAGGUCCAUUGUAUUGUACAACAAGGAUGUCACUUCGAACAUCUGCUUUGAAUACAAAAUUUUUAUUGUAUUAAUCUCAUACUAAAUGUAUGUGAAUAUGUUUAAUUAAUAUCAAAAUUUUUGAUAGUUAUCCUUUGGCGUUGAAAAAGUUAUUGAUGUCAUUUUAUUGAUUAGAUAACGUACUUUCGAUAUUAGUAUAAAGUUUUUUGAUAUCUGUAAUGGUUACGGAAUAAUCUCCUGGUCACACUUAACGAUUAAAAUAAUCAUAAUUAAAGACAACACUGAUGAGACAAUAACAUUGCAUCGCGGCCGAAAAACAAUUGACUUUUGUUCAUUUCGACAGCGUUUUGCUCGUGAUGUGAUUCGAUUCGUUUGGCACAUAGAUACCAUUAAGAAAGAGAGCUAAUAAUAUCUUGCCACCAUUUUGAUAAGAGUAGUUACUUUUUGUAAAUAGUAGAAGUCAAAAUACCGUCCUUUUAUUCCUUGAUAGUUGGAGUUACCUGCUGUUAAGUGGGCCUGGGGUCUUAAAUAGACGUUAGAUUUUAUAUUCUUUUCAUUUGUAAUUCGUAGACUUUAAUUGUUAUAUUUCGGAAUUUUUUAACACCAAUAUGCCCAUCCUAGUAAAUGUGGCCACUGUCCAGUGAUAUAUAUACAUAGUAAGGCCAACAAGAUGGAAUAAAGAAUGUAAACAAAGCUCCAGGGGUUCAAAACAUUUGCAUUGAUAUCUUUGAAUAUUGAAAACAAUUUAUAUAUUUCAAAGAUUUUCUAGAGCUGCCAGGCUGUGAUUCCAUAAUUAAAAUAAUCAACUAAUAAUAACAGCAAAAUUCAACAAGAAAAGUAACAGUACGUAUUAAUAAUAACAAAUGUUAGUAAAUAAAUAAUAGUAAAUACGGAAACGAGAUAUACGUAUUACACUUCGAACGCAAUCGAAACAGGAAUAAACAAUUUCACAAAAUGGCGGACCAAAUGUUGACAACUGCGGUACUGGCCGCUUUCCUGUACCACGAAACACGCAACGACAGCUAUCAUCGACCAACUAACUGCGUUCGCUAUCGCAAUGUAACUCAAUAACGGUCCUUUUGUUUACAUUCUUUUUUGCGUCUCGCUAGCCAUAGUAUAGUUUAUUCGUCGAGAGUUGAUAAGUACUAUGAAACGUCUAUAGCGACUGUCGCUCAAAUAUCGCAUUCGUUUUGUGGUACGGGGGUACACAGAGUUCAGUUGCCAUUUGUAAAAAUAUUCACCUGUAUAUAUUUAUAAAUAGAGAAAGACAAAAUAGUUUGGAACUUUUUAAGGAUAUUCGCCAUUUGGAAUAUUGAGAUUUGAUCAAAAAAGCCAACUUAAACGCAAUAUUUAAUGUAUUGUUCUACAAAUCUAUAUAUAUAUUUAUAAGAGAUUUCCACGUAUAUAGUCACUCAUCACGAUAUCUCUGGAACCAUUAGAGCUAAAGACUUGAAAUUUGGUAGGAAUAUUCUUUUCACCGAGUAGAGGUCAGGUAAGAACGGAUUUUCCAAAAUUCCAUCCGCAAGAGUUUUUUUUUUAUUAUGAACAGAACAAGGUCUGUCGGGUCGGUCGAGUAAAAUAUACUAAAAUAAAAUAACUUACUUUAUAAUUCUUACUGGAAAUAUCGAACUAGAUGGAACGAAAUCAAAUAAUGCAACAUGAAAAAGUCAUUAUACAACGAUAAAAGAUCUCUUUGAUUAAAGACAUUAAACAAGUGACAGCGAAAAUAAUGCGAAGGAAACAGAUUUUUUUUGUGCAUUGUUUUCUGUUUUUGGAAAGGAGGACAAAAGAGCAUCCCUGGUGCCUAGUGACCAGAGGAAUCAAAGGAGCGUAGCCACCCUAUUAAGUGGGCGUAUUCGCUUUUUUUAAAUACCCAUGUAGUAACUGUCCAUAGUUUGUACGUGUCCCUUGAAAACCUAACUCACGCAACACAACACAUUAUCGGCAUACUCGGCGUCGAUAUAUCAAGCCAGCUUUGUUCUGUUUCAUGGUCACUUGGAAGAGAAGGCCAAAUUGGUGUACGCAGUAAGAGGGCUUUUGGCGUACAAACCGCCUGUAACUAUGUAAGGCAAAAAAUCGGCCUUAAAUGGAGUACUGUUCUCACCCCUCUGCAGGGGCCCUCCCCGCUCCCCCGUACCAGCUUCCAUUUUACGAAGAGCGGCUCGAAUUAAGUCGUCUACGAUGCGCUUGAUUCCUUGGCGUUGCGUGGACAUGUGGUUCAACGGGGAGUGCUCAGAGUUGUUCGGGUUGAUACCAGCAGUCAAAUUCCACUACAUUUACAUUACGAUAAAAUGCAAUGCACGUGGAAUCAAUGACCGCCUGUUUCCCGAAGCCAUAACUACCAACUUAAAGCCCGGCAACGCCUCCUUUGAUCUCCGGUGUUGCGGUGUGUGUGGGCGGUUGCUUCAUCACUUGCCUCUUGCCCGUUUGUACCCUUUGUAAGAUUUUACCCUCUUGUAUAAAAAAAUACAGAUAUUUUCUUUUGGGUGCGAGUAGUGCAAUGGUAAAAUUAUGCGGCUGGUAAAACUUAAAAAUGAUUAGAGCAAUAUAUCAUUAAGGUAGUGUGCAAUUUAAUUUGACCACUUCAGUGUUUACUCUUUUUAAAUCUGUAAAUAGCAUUUUGUUAAAACAUGCUAUAUAUUCGCCUUAGUACUAAAAUUAGUAUGAAAUGUAUUUUGUAAUUCAUUGUUUGUAAAAUAUAACUAAGACAUUUAAUUAAGGUAGAACUUUGAUAACCGUGUUGAAUAUAUUUAAGAAGUCGUGGCACGAUUGAAUCCUGCUUAUAGUAAGGCCAACUAGAUGGGACAAAGAAUGUAAACAAAGUUUCAGGGCUUCAAAACAUUUUUGUUUGAAUAAAUUAUAUACAAAUUUUGAAUUCCCUAUUAUCGCUGUCGUGUGUAUUAGACAACGAUGAUUCGUCGGUAGAGUCCGAAUCAGCCGUGACUACGAAAACGCUAUCUAUUGUAUUAUCAAUCAUGUUGCUAACAGAUACCAUGAUUAAAGAGGAGGAGAAUUGACAAACAUUAAAAUCAUGUGCAAUUUCGACGCUUUUUGCGUGGUAAAUUCAAAUAUUUAAAGGUUCUGGACUCUAGAGCUCCUAGGCUGUGAUUUCAUAAUUAAAAUCCACAACCACCAAGUUACAAAAUCAAUAAGAAAACUAACUGCAACGAUUUAAUAAUAACAAAAAACUAAUUUAAAUACGGAAUCGAAAAAGUAUUAUCUCAAUUUCAAUUUAAUUGAAAAAAUACUAAAUAUAUUACUUCGAACGCAAUCCAAACAGGAAUGAACUUGUUCAUAAAAUGGCGGACCGAUUGUUGACAACUGCAGUACUCACUGCGGCUCCUGUACCACGAAACACGCAACAAAUGCUGUCGUUAACCAACUGAUGUUAUUAAUGCGUACGCGUAAUAAGGACAGAGAUAAUAAUCGCUCGCUAUCGCAAUGUAACUCGGUAAUGGUCCGUUUGUUUACAUUCUUUAUCCCGUCUCGUUGGCCUUAGUAUAGGUAUUUUCAAGUGAUGUUGUUCUACAGUUUAAUUAAUAUAUAAGCAGGCAAUCAUUAGUAAAUAAUUAACAAUUUUGCUACAGGAACUUUAGAAAUUCACAAUAUUCCUCGAAGUGUAUUUUUGCAAGCGUGUUUAGAUCUUUAUAAUUCCAAUAACUUUUGCACUGAAUUUACUCAAGCGUUUUCUGUCUUGUAAAUAUUUUAUGCGAUGAUUUUAUCAAGCGCCUUAUUGUUUUUGUUGUAAUAGAUGAAUACGUUCACACCAUACAAUAUUUCAAAAGCUUUUCCUCCACAUACCUACACAGGGUGUAACCAAACAACAUCUGAAUACAUAAGGGUUCCGUAGAUCUAUAUCUGUUCUCACUAAUUUUUAAAAAACUUUUUUUAUAAUUUUAUUGGAUAAAUGAAUGCACUGCGUUGCAUUUUUAUUCCAUUUUUUUCUGGAAUAUUUCAGAGCUAAUAUAUUCAGAAUGAUGGGCCAAUGGCAACCUUCAACUUUUAGGAAGUAAUUGUUUUGCACCCCAUAUUCAUAUGUUGGUGUUGGUUAACCUGUAUAUUGUAUAGUGAUUACCGCCGCCGAUAAAAAUGUUGGUUACUUCCCAGUAGGUAUGCAAAUGCAAUAUCGAUUGAACAGUGAGCAUGGUGUCAGUUUUAAAAAAUGGAUUUAAGAUUAAUAUUGUAGGAAAGGAAUCUAAAAAAGAACCAGUUAUGUUAAAAAUUUUGAAAUAUAAAAAUAUUCAAUUAAGUACACACCUAUCACAAUCUGCCACGUUAACAUGAAUGACGUCACAUCUUAACAGUCAUCACUGCGAUUUGUGAGUUGUGACGUCAUAAUCCGCCAUCAUGCGUAUUCGGCUUCUUACAAAGUAGAUUGAUAAAAUACCGACAUUAUAGAAUAGUUAUUCAAAAUCUGUCAACAGACCUAUUCUGCUAAAAGAAGUUUGUACAAAAAAAGAAACUCACCGGUGGGUCGAGCACUAACGGCCAUUCCCAAUAUUCAUUGUAUCUCCGGUUGUGGCCUACUUGAGAUAAAAAACCGUAACUUCGUUUACUUUUCUGUCCUAAUAAACUUAUCGACGGUAACUCAUCCGUACACGCUGUCUGUCAAUGGGACGACGUAUAGCUUACCAGAGAUAGAAGUUUGUAUGGAAAUUGCAACGGUGAACUGGCGAUAAGAAUGACUUAUCGGCUAUAUUGGGACAGCUUCAGAUUAUUGACAGCUAAUUACUGACAGUAGAAGGUAGUAAUUUAUCUCUAUCUGUAGAUAGUACAUUUGGAACGGUCGUAAAUCCAGCAUAAAAGUCGAUCAGUGAAUUACCGAGACACAUGUAUAUGGCGAAGAUGAUAAUUUUUAUAGUUUGUAGUAAGCAAAGUCGUAAGAGUUGAAUGAAUGUAUAUACGCAACGAAUUACAAUAAUUUGACAUAUCACCAUUGUUAUGUACUUUGGAUUUUAUUUCGGAGUUUAAGUAGUUAUAAUGUUUUGCACACAAUAUGUUCAGAAAGAGACAAUAUUGUUUAGCGUUAAUGUGUUUGCUGUUUGGUGUUCCAAACAGGAGGCCUAUUACCAAAAUCGGAAGCCGAAGUUUCGACCCGAAACGAAAGAACGACGAACUUCGAAUUAAAUACUAUCAAGUUAAGUCAAAGUCAAAAAUAUUUUAUUGACAUAAAAACAAUAGAUUGCUCGUCAACGUCAAUCACAAAAAAUACAAACAUUCAUAUUAAUUACACAAGUUUAAACAUACACAUAUUUUUAAAAUAAUGCAAUCCAGUAAAACGAUUCAAGGCUGAACCAUAAAAUCCAUAAAAAAAAGUGUGUGUGUCAGCUCCGACGCACGGCUGGAGUUUACUUUCUUACUUUAAUAUUACCAUAAAAGUGAAGUUUUAGUUACGAUCAUAAUAAUGUCAAACAAUGUAAAAGUAAAUGUCAAGUGAAUUUGGGAAUAAGGUAAACGAAAGACAAAAUUUCUAAUCGCGAACUUCGUAUCGAGCGUCGGAUCGGAAAGACUUUCGUAAUAGGAAAAUGUACGAUCCGUCAACCGAAACUUUUUUCAAUUUUGAUUUUGGUAAUAGGGCUCCAGGUCUCAGUAUGUGUAGUAAGUAGUGUAUCGUUCUCAAAUAACUGUGCCUGGAAGUGACAACAAUACAGUUAUCAGACUUAUACUAUACUAAUAGGCAAACAAAGUGUGCGAGAGAGAGACGAAUACGGCAGAAUAGAAAAGGAAAGCGAAACUAAUGUAACCGUAACCGAUUAUGAUUGAAAUUGUAAAUUCGUGGAUUGAGACUGCUUCUGGAACCCGGACCGUAAACAAUUUGUUAUUUUUAAAGUGAUAACCCUCACUUCUGGGAUUAAUUAUACAAAUUAAAUUUGUAACCAAAAUUUAUGAACGAUGCGGGUCUGGAGCGCGCGAAUUCUCGGGUUCCGUCCGAGCGCUCUUACCAACUGAGCCAACCGUUAGUGUGACGCAUAAUUCGUAAAUCUCGGUAUGACUUGUUCAACUCACAGGUUCUGCUCGGACGGAAUCCGAGAGGUCGCGGGUUCGAGUCCCGCGACAUUUGUUACAAAUUUAGUUUGUACGGAUCCUAAGUUUAAAUUAAAAUAUGGAAUUUAUUUUUACCAAACUGUCAAGGUCCAUAUUAGCAAGCUUACUGAGUGUGUAAUUUCUGUUACAAGAUCUGUUAAAGUAAAAAUAGUUUUCAAUAACUUUUCACUAUUGUUGUCACCACUCACUUGCACUCAAGACUAGGUGUGAAAAUAUUGCUAUCCAAUCUCACUCAUUUUCGUGAUUUUUAUUUCUAUUGUAAGAUUGUAUUUUAAUAUACUUAUUGUUAUAGUACAAAAGUUAAGUGAUGCCUUAUCAUUGUUAGUUAAGAAUAAAAUUUGUUGUAGA